AUGAAGCGGUCACAAGCGUUGGAACGCCUAGAGAAACUGACCAGCGAGUUAAAUGUUUUAGUUCAGUCAAAGGUCAACAUCCACAAGGAGAUAAAAAACAAGACGACUAGUGUAGCGAACGCACUUCAACGUUUAAAAAAACUGGACGAAGAAUGGCGCUCAUCAUUACACUGCACGCCUUGUGCUACAUCAGAGAGAAACAGUCAAGUGGUUGUUGAAGAAGCGAUGGACACUGGAGCCGAAGGCGGAGCUUUUCAUACUCCCAAGACGCUGAAAGACCUUGGACCUGGUCAUCCCAUCAAGAAGCAGAAAGUGGUUAAGGAUCUUCCACAAAACUCUGGUGAACAGAACAAGAAGCCAGGCUGGGAAAAGGUGCAGUCCAGAAAGGACAAGAAGAAAGAGAGCAGGAAACUGCCCCCAGAAAAACCUCCGGUGCCUCCACCGAAGCCGAACCAGAAGCCGAGAAGAACAGCAACGAGACCGGAGGCACUUAUUAUCCGUCCAGCGAACAAAGAUAAGUAUUCUGAAAUACUUACACGGAUUAAGGCGGACGUUCGCCCAGAUCAGGUCCGCAAUACAGUCGAGAAGAUACGCAGGACCGCGACAGGGAACAUUCUCAUCACGCUGUCGAAAGAACUAAUUCAAAAUAUUCUCAUUCAACAGCGAGCAUCACAAAGCAGUUUGCAACUACAACUAGCGCCUUCAUUAGAACAUCAAACUGCUGCUAUGUUGAGUAUAUUAGAACGUUAUAAAUGGCAUCAAUUCAGUGUAGUUACAUCACAGAUCGCAGGACACGAUGAUUUUAUUCAAGCAGUGAGAGAACGAAUUUCUGAAAUGCAAGAAACAUUCAAACUAACUAUUCUAAAUGCAGUAUUGGUGACUGAAGCAUUGGAUUUGUUGGAGCUAGUCAAAAGUGAAUCACGAGUGAUGUUACUCUAUGCAACUCGAGAAGAAGCUAUCCAUAUAUUAACUGCUGCAAAAGAACUUAAAAUUACUGGAGAAAAUUAUGUUUGGAUAGUUACUCAAAGUGUAAUAGGAAAUCUUCAAACUCCCAAUCAAUUUCCAGUUGGUAUGCUUGGAGUUCAUUUUGAUACAAGUAGUACCAGUCUUGUAAAUGAAAUAUCAACAGCAAUAAAAGUAUAUGCAUACGGUGUCGAAGACUUUGUCAAUGAUCCAAAAAACUUCAAUUACAGUUUAAAUACAGCUCUUAGUUGUGAGGGCUUAGGAGAAUCUCGAUGGAAUACAGGAGAUAGAUUUUUCCGAUAUCUACGAAAUGUUUCUGUUGAGGGUGAUCAAGCAAAACCAAACGUGGAAUUCACUCAGGAUGGUGUUCUUAGAGCGACUGAGCUUAAAAUCAUGAAUCUCAGACCUGGGCUUAGCAAACAAUUGAUUUGGGAAGAGCAAAUCAUUGCUCAGCUAGUUCCCACACUAGCAAAUAUACUAACUAGUCUUUGA